AUGUUUGCUCAGAAGAAAGUCACACUGAGCCUGGGGAGGCACAAGAUAGUAAUACUGGAUGAAGCUGAUAGCAAUUUGGGGCUACCUCCAGAAUGGUAUAGAGCACUGGGAUGGGUGUUCCCUACGUGGGCAAGGACGCAUUCUCUUGACACGGGAGAAGCUGUCAACUUUCUAAAAGGUGUUGUUGUUAUAGCUGACCGGAUUGUUACAGCCAAAUGCAAGAUUUCGUUGCAAAAGGAAUUGGGUCUUCCAGUGAGGCCUGAUUAUCCAAUGGUUAUGCUAGGUUUAGGAAACUCUAUUUAUGAAGACUGGAUGAGUGCAACAAAAUCAGCUUAUAAAGAUAAAUUUCGGGGUUGGGUGGGAUUCAAUGUUCCAAUAUCUCAUAAAAUAACUGCAAGACUAAAUCAAUUGUAUGCAAUGAGAUAUGGAACUAUACCUGUAGUUCAUGAAACUGGGGGGCUAAGAGAUACUGUUCAUAAUUUGAAUCCCUAUACUGAAGAAAGUAAAGCUGAAAGCACUGGGUAUGUUGUCCAUGAGCUUUGA